AUGUCCAAGUUUAAUCCUCCGUCGGAGUUUAACUUCACGAGCCCGGGAGAAUGCCCGGAGUGGAAACAGAGGUUCGCACGCUACAGGCUGGCCACAAAACUGAACAAAGAAAAUGGCGAGGUUCAAGUCUGCUCACUUAUCUACGCGAUGGGCAGCGAAGCAGAGAAAAUCUUCGCCUCGUUCGAGUUUGCUACGGAAGACGAUAAGAAGAAUUACGAAGGGGUUCUCUCAAAGUUGGAUGAGUACUUCAUACCCAGACGCAACGUAAUACACGAGAGAGCGUGUUUCUACCAACGUAACCAACUGCAAGGGGAAAAGGCAGAGGCGUACAUAAGGGUGCUGUACGAGCUAGCGGAGAACUGUGAUUUUAGCGAUAAGCGGGAUGAACACAUCCGUGAUAGACUCGUAGUGGGCAUUAAAGACAAAGAAUUGUCUCUGAAAUUGCAGCUCACAGCAGAUCUGACGCUGGCUCAUGUUAUACAGCAAGUACGACAGUCAGAAGAGGUUGCUAAACAGAUUAGCCUCCAAGCUAGCGGUCCCCAGCCGGAGAUGCAAGUGGCAAGCGUUUCUGCAGGAGGACGUCGCAAAGUACUACACAAAAAGCACACCCCACACACUGAAAGAGAGUCCCCAGACUGCGAAGCAGUGUACGCACCUGGCAAGACCUUGGCAGUGGCAGACGCGCUGUCCAGGGGUCCACUGGAACAGACCGGAGACGAGCACCUUGAAGAGGACGUGACCGUGCACAUCGGAGCAGUCCUCAGCCACUUACCAGCCACCCCCCGGAAACUACAGCAGAUAAGAGACCACACUAUCCAAGACCCCGAGUUACAGUUAGUGAAACAGCUCACUCAGACGGGUUGGAGCACUCCUACCACUUCUACAGGCUUCAGCCCAGCAGAGCUGCUGAUGGGCCGCAAGAUCAGAACCACGCUGCCCACCCUGUCUGCUAACCUGGAUCCGAGCUGGCCAGAUAGGAAGGAGAUGCGCUCUGCGGAUGCUGCGGCUAAGCUGAAACAAGCAUUCUACUACAACCGCAGGAAUGGUGUUCGACACUUACCACCACUGGACCCUGGAGAAGGGGUCCUGAUGAAGUUGGACAAUGAGAAACAAUGGACUACACAAGGAACGGUACAAGGUAACUGUUCUACCCCUAGGUCAUACGUUGUGGUAACGCCGGAGGGAGGUUGUUACAGACGUAACCGCCGUCACCUAUUGCGACUGCCCGCUGCUUCCAAGAAUCCAAACCCCAGCGGGUCACCGGAUGAUCCUCUGCCCGUGAGCAGCGAUGUCGGCAGUAAGAGUGUCGAGUCAUUACCACCAAAGACAGGGACGGUUACAAUCACUCGUUCAGGCCGAAGCUGCCUCUCGGAGCGGAAACGAGCGCUCCGGGUCGAGUCAGCGGAGAGUGGAGGGAUGGGGGCGGGGCUGUUAUCGCGGCCGCCACCUGACCACGGCGAGACUGAGGUGUCCGUCACAACAACAACGUCUUGGUCCAAAGAUGAGAAGAAGAAGAAGCUGUCAGCGCGGCCGGCUAACAAGACGGCUAACAAGACGGCUAACAAGGCGGCUAACAAGGCGGCUAACAAGACGGCUAACAAGGCGGCUAACAAGGCGGCUAACAAUGGGCGCCAAUCUGACACCGAAUAG